GUUGAAUGACGUCAUUCUGAAUACCUCUAUUUCGCAAAAAAUGUAUUGAUCUAUUUAUAACUGGGAAAAAUACACACCCACAAAAUAUCAUGACGUUUAUAAAAGCUUUGAAAGAUUAACUAAAUAUAUUUAUUUCUACAGAGAUCUUAAUUAAAUUCUAAGUAAUUAAUAAGUUACAAGUGCUCAGAAAAACGAUAAAUUAUCUCCCUUCGCAGGUGGAAAGCGACAUCUAGUGAGCGCUUUGUCGACGUUACGAGCGUGUCAAGAUGACGGCAAUCAAGACACUGACCACACUUAUUUGUCUGCUUUUGAUUUACGGCCAUGAAAUUGAAGGAAGAAAAGUUCUGUUGCAGGAUGUCAAUGUGAUCACUUUAAACCAUGGACAAAUGACAACUGCGAAAAGAUCUUCACCGGUUCCCCAGUUAAAAUGCACUGGUGGAUCAGCAGGAUGUCGGUCCUUCAUUCCACAGACUGUCCAGUGUUACAACCGAGGUUGGGACGGCUACGAUAUUCAGUGGGAAUGUAAAACGGACAUGGACAAAAAGUAUCGCUUUGGACAGAUUGUUGUUUCGUGCGAAGGCUACGACUAUGCUGACGACCCUUACAUCCUAGCUGGCUCUUGCGGUCUGGAAUACGACAUUGACUACGUAAACCAGAAAAGCUCUGGCAGUUACUUCAAUCAUUACUCGUCGAAACGCGAAUCGGGUUUGGGUUUUGGCUCAAUUUUCACUUUCCUCUUUGUUAUUAUGAUUAUCUUCUUCGUGUAUCGUACUUGUUUUGCAACACCUACCGAUCCAUCAUCUUUUCCUGGAGGCGCACAAAGCGGGCCAACUCCAAGUGGUCCUCCACCGCCAUACGGUUUCAGAUCCGAUUACUGCUCAGGCCAGAGUGCCCCACCCCCGUACAGCUCCUCAACUCACAGUAAUAAUGGACAGCAACCAGGAUUUUUCAGUGGUCUUGCUUCUGGUGCACUUCUCGGCUACCUUUUUGGAAAUAGAGGUGGUUACCACUCGAACUCUUAUUACAGCGAUGGCUAUCAAAGAGAUUGGUUUGGGUCACCAACAGGUUACCAUUCUGGUCCCACGAGUAGCUUCAGCAGCUCCGAAACUCGAACAGCCUCUGGAUUUGGUGGAACUAAACGCCGUUAAAAGAUCUGUCUUAAACUGUGAAAUAUUUGAAAUUUAUCCUUGUUUUUUUGUUUGUUUGUUUUUUGCCUUACCUGUGUACCAAUUACGGCAUAACAAUCUUGUUUUACCUUUAAUAUACAAUUAUAUUUGAAAAUAUUCCAUCAGAUUGUUUAUAUAGAUGUGACAUUUUACUUUAUUAUCCCCAAUUUCACAGUACCCCCGCCUCUUACCAUCCUGUUGAGCAACAAUUAAUUCCGAUAAACAAAACUUACCUUUUUCCUUUUUUUUUUUUCUAAAACAGAAAUUUUGAAUAUUAUAUUUUUUUGUCAUU